CCUCCCUGCUUGAGUUGCCUCUCUUCUAAUUUAAAUCCCAGGGGAAGGAAGGAAGGAAGGAAGGAAGGAAAAGGAGGAGGAGGUGGUGAGUGAUCGAGUGAGCCUUUCUCCAUUGCGCUUCUCCUUCCCUUGGCUUGGCCUCCAUUGUUUUCUUACAUCCCCCUCCACUCCAUCUCUUGCUUCCCAAGCCUUAACCCCUUCCCCUUCCCUUUCCCUCCCUUGCCUUAGCCAUUAACCACGCCCCAAAUCCAACCUUCAAAGCUUUCCUCCUCCUCCUCCUCCUCCUGCCCGCCGUCUUUGGGCGAUAACUAACCUCCGCAAGACAGACCACUGAAACCUCAGAGGCCUCUUCAUUCAGUCAGUUGAUCUCUUCUUGAUUUCUCCCUUCUCUUCUCUAGGAUCCAUGGGUGAACACCUCGCGCUGCUGGUGGACCGCCUGCUCACGGAGUCCACGCUGGAGGCGGCCAUCGUGAGCAGGAAGCAGGCUGAGCCGGAGGACGCGCCGGCGGCGAUCGUCUACUGCUGUGACAUCGCCGCCGCAGGCGGCGACCCGAGCAAGAUGGUGGAGUGCAGGAUCUGCCAGGAGGAGGACUGGGACACCGGCAUGGAGGCCCCCUGCGCCUGCCGCGGCAGCCUCAAGUACGCGCACCGAAAAUGCAUCCAGCGCUGGUGCAACGAGAAAGGCGACACCGUCUGCGAAAUAUGCUUGCAGCAAUUCAGGCCAGGUUACACUGCCCCACAGCAGCUGUUCCACUAUGGAAGCAUACCAAUGAACUUCAGGGGGAACUGGGAAGUUGCGCGGCACGAUCUCCACGACUCGCAGGUCAUAACAAUGGUGCCCUCGGAGCGCGACUUCAUGGACGAGUACGACGACUACUUUCCGGUCAGGACGAGGAGCAGCGCCAUGUGUUGCCGGACAGUCGCCAUCAUUUUCCUGGCCCUCCUGGUUCUCCGGCACACUCUCCCUCUCAUGGUCGGCGGCGACGGGGAGUACUCGUUUGCUCUGUUUUUGCUUCUUGUGCUGAGAACCGCCGGAAUUCUGUUUCCGAUCUUGGUGAUGGUGAGAGCAAUGGCGACCUUCCAUCGUCGUCGCCGCCAACAGAGUUGUGCGUAUACUAUUUUCUGAUGCAUAACUCUGGGGUCUAGAUCACUUGAUACUGCAGGGAAACCAGGGAACUUACAUGUUCUUCUCGGACACCGAGGACGAGGACGAGGAGGAAGAAGAGGAUGCCGAAUCCGAUCCUGCGCGGCCUCGCUACCAACCACGCCUUAUCCCCGUCUACUGACACCAUACAAGUCGGCGCGGCGUCAGUGUGGUUAACAGAAGCAAAGAUCCCAAGAAACAGGGAGAAAGAUACUGAUGUAGCAGGAUAGUCUGAAGCCACUCGCUUCUGUGUGCACAAGAAAUAGAAGAAUGUAGAGGCUCUGUACAUACCACAAUACUGACCCAGACGAUGUAACUUGUGAGCUUCUCUAGCUCUCCCAUGUACUCGAGAGAUUGCCUAAAAUUACUUGCAAAAUGCAUGGAAUUACAGGCCUGUA